AAGGUUUCUAUAUUUUUGAAAAGGUCAACUGUACGUUCACAACUUGAGCACUAAUGGCAUGGUCAUACAUUCCUUGAUCGCAUCUGCCGUUGACAGUCCGGUAAGCACAUUCAUUCAUGGCGGGCGUCACGUGAAAUAGGCUGAUCCUCACCCGGAGCGCAGGUAAAUAAGUUCUGCUGCAAGUCUUGGACUCCACAAACAACAACCCUUCUCCUGUCUGAGACAUUCGCACUUGCCAUUGGAAACCAUUUCAACUCUAGCACCUCUCAAACGACCCACUUCGUCCUCUCUUCUCUCAAAAAUGUAUGCUCGCCUCUUCGCUGUUGCCUCCCUUGUCACCUUCGCCGUUGCAACCAGUGGCCAGUGCAACACCCGCAACAUUCAGUGCUGCGAGAGUUCCCUUUCCGUAUGUUGGCGACUACAACUAGCUCGCCGCAAUUUUGAGUCUCAUGCCAUUGUUACUGAUUUUGUUGACAUCGUUGGCAUUGACUGCAGUCCUGCCGCUAUCGUUGGCCUCAACUCUGGCUGUGAGGCUCAGCAGGAGCCUUUGUGCUGCAGCACCAACAUAAAUAACGGUCUUUUAACAUUGGCAUUGGCUGCACUCCUGUCAACACCAACAUUUAGAUAUCCAGCAUGCCCUUGGUGGACGGUGAUAAUAUGGGGUUGGAAAGUCGGUCGUAUGAUGUCAAUACCCUUGUCGUAG